ACCAAUCCUCCACCACAGGGAAAGGCAAAUGUAUCUGAGUUUGUUGUCACUCCCAACCAAGAAUCUGAUGAUGAUUCAGAUAUUUGUGUCAUAGAAGAUGACGAAGUCAUGGAAUGCGAUAACAGCCAAUCUAAGGAUGCGAACAAUAAGGGUCAUGACUCUACUACGAGACCUGACUCUACAAGGCCCGACUCUACAAGUACCAGUUCAGGAAAUGGUGAACCUGGCAGUGCCACGCAGGGUUACUCACUCAAAUGUCGUCCAUGUGGCUAUAGCACUGAUGACCAUAUAGCGUACAAGCGUCACAUGUCGAACUGCAUGCGUGCAAAAACUUUUCAUUUAGAGCACAACCCACCCAGUUCAAACACUACUACUCUACCUAGUAAAGAAAAUGUGCCUAAUAUGAACUCUAGUCAGUUAAAUCAUAUCUCUCCACCAAUAAUGGGAAACACUGUGAGUAAUGCACCGCAAAUGCCAUUUAAUAUGCAAUAUGCCCCUGGGGUAGCCAGUGGUCAAAUGGUUGAUAUGGUACGCAGCAUGUGGGGUGGUAACACCAUGAUGUAUUUGCCCCAGACCUCCCAAGGUAAUAUCAAUAUGGGUCAGAAUAUGGUUCAGUCUAAUCAACCCAAUGCAAUGGUUCAAUCUGGUCAAGGGAUCCCUAACAACAUGGUAUCAAAUACAAUGGGAAUUUCCAUACCUACUCAGCCUGUUAAUAUGCCAUUUCCAUAUGCCCAGCAAUUUGAUAUUCCUGGGAAUCUUAUUCAAAUGCAACCACCAUAUGCUAUGAAUUCUGCAAUAUCUCCUUUAAUACAGAACCCGGCUACAAAUCUCAUUAAUCAAGGUAUCAUCCAAGGACCUGGUGGUAAUGUACCCAGUGAACCAAGUCCUGAUACGUCUGAAUAUGAACCAGCUAAAAAGGAUUGCUGCCCUCAUUGUAAUAAGAAAAUAGUUGGUGUUAAACGACUGCAGAAACAUAUCCGGAAAUCACACAAGGAGAUCCUAUUUCUGCCGGGAUAUCGGAGCAAGCAGCUCCAGAAUAAAUCUGAUACGGCGAUGCCCAUACCUAACAGCCCAUACAAAGAGUAUCACUGUUUACAUUGUAAUAUUAACUUGAAGGGACGUAGUAUUUAUAUGGAACAUUUAGAGAUUGAGCAUGGGAAUUUACAAUUUGGUGCGCAAAAGAAAAACCCAUCUUGCUGUUUUUGUGAUUUCAAAUCCACAACGGCUUGUAAAUAUAACAUUGGUCUGAUUUUCACGAAUCAUUUACGACAAGUGCAUUUGAAGUACAAGCCAUUCUUCUGUCCUCUUUGUGAGUAUUCAUCUUCAGUUCCAACCUGCGUGACUAGUCAUCUACGACUGAAACACAAAAGUAAUAAGACGUAUAUCACCUCUAAAGAUCCUCUCAAAGAGAAAGAAUUUCAAAUUGCAUUGAAUAUGACCAUUAAAGAACUCAAAGAUAAUUCCAAAAAGACAAAUGAGAGUGUGAAAAAGUCAAAUGAUAGCAGUAUCAGCAGGUCUACAAAAGCACUUGAUUCUGACUCAGAUGCCUCAACCAUACCAGGAGAUGAUGAUGCACAAGAAAAACAAAGCGCUUUUGUCUGCUGUUUCUGUUCUUUGAAAACAAACAUGGAUAGUUCAUUUAGUCUGCAGAAGCAUUUAAUGAGAAAUCAUCUGAUGAUUAAUGGGCACUGUGAUUACAGACCAUACAACUGUCCUUAUUGUAUCUACAAGUCAUCAACAAAAUCAAACACAACAAACCAUGUGAGAAAAGUCCAUCCAAGCCAGAGAGUCACAUUUGUAUAUAACAGGCUACGCAAGAAAGAAAAAGAAGUAGAAGAAGCUCUGAAGAAAUCGAGAAACAAGAAGUUAAAAUUGAAAAAAAAUUAUUCUACACCACCAGAACCAAAGCGGCGUCCUCCAGGUAAACGGAGACUUAGGUCUGGUAAGAGCUACCUCGAGGCUGUAAUAGAGUUUUCUUCUUCAAGCGAUGACAAUGAGAUUAAUCUACCUGUUAAAAGGGUACUAAGAUCUCAGGUGGGUGAUGACACCAAGGAUUUUGUACCUUUACCGCCAUCUCCAAAACGUUUAAGAUCCCAUGAUGAGAAACAGUCUGUUCAGAGUAAUCCUCACAUAACGAGAUCAUCAGAGAAAGGGAGCCAUAUAUUUCAUAGUAAUAAAUCUGCACCAGGUAGUAACAAAUCCCAAACAGAAAGUAACAAAUCUUCAGCAGGUAGUAACAAAUCUGCAACAGGUAGUAACAAAUCCUCUACAAAUCCUCCAAUAACAACCAGAAACAAGGUUUCAGUAAGAGACAAACCACAUAGAACCACAGGGGAAAAGAUAAAUGUUACAUCACAAUUGAAAACAAGGUCAAGUGAAAAACAGAGUACGAAACUUGGAGGUAUAUCUCCUAAAGACCAGCACAAUAUCUCAAGUGGGAAACAAAAGAAAACAAAAGAAUACGCAGAAUCUCUUGCAGAGAGAUUAAGAGGAAGGACCGAAGUUCCCAGACACAAACAUGAAGCAUCAUUGCAUGUUGGUGUUGCAAAAGCUGCGAAGAAAAGACAGAGAGAACCAAGUUCAAGCACAUUGGAGAGUUCGUCUGAGGAAGAAGAAGCAUGCACAUAUUAUUGCUUCAAGAAAGAUUGCACAAGAACCUUUCAGUAUCCAUUCAAUUACAAACAGCACAUACAAUCCCAUCUGAAAUACAAACCAUACAUGUGUAGAGCUUGUGACUUUACAGCUUUGAACAAAUCUGGCCUCGUGACGCACAUAACGUAUCUUCACCAGCAUAGAAAGGUUCAGUAUUGUAUGAGUAUAUCAAGGGAUACAAAAAUUGAAGCACGAAUAGACCGACUUGUCGUAAAAGGGAAAAACAACCCUCCAGAUCCAGACUCAGACAAUACGAAAAAGCAGAAAAUGUCUCCCAAAAAUGCUCCAUCCCUUCCCCGAACUGUAGGCCUGUUAAAGAAAACAGAACUUGAACAACUGAAGGUGACUACCAAAACCAAAACAGCCCAGCCUAAGGUUGUCCAAAGGAAAUUUACAGUGAAAUGUUGCUAUUGUAAACACAAUGCAAUAAGCGCUGAUACUCUCAAAGCUCAUCUUAGGUUACAUCUAAAAUACAAGCCAUAUGAGUGCAAACUUUGUGAUUUUAGCUCAGGAUAUAUGUUGACUGUAUCCAAUCACAUAAAGGUAGAACAUGCCAAUGUGAAACACGCCUCUGUAAUUCUUAACCGAGAUGCCGAUAAGGAAAAGGAGUUCCAAAGAGCAUUAAAUGCAUCUUAUGAUGCAUUGCAAAUUGUUCUUCCAAAGGACAAAAAGAAGAUUGGACCACGAUCUAGAAAAAACAAGAUAGCUGAAGACUGCUCUGAUCCGGGAGAAUCAAUUCAGCAAAUCAAUUGUUACCAUUGUGCUUAUAGAAAUGAGUCCCCUAUUGCAUUUGUAGUUCAUUUAAGAGAACACAGAUCAUCUGUCAAUGCUGAAGCAGAUGUCACGGUGCAUUUGAAUCCAAAAGUAAGACUUCGAAAAAUUCACACAGGCCGUGAAGAUAUUAAGAAAUUAUUAAUUGCUAAUGCUGCAAAAGUCUCACCAAAGAGAGAAGGUAGAGAUAGCCCCAGGUCAAAAAGCAUAAGUAUUUGUGAACCACUUGGAAAAGAAUUCUCGGUAAAAUCUGAUGCAUUGCCUUUAUCUCCGCUAAGGUCAAGAAGUGAUUCAAAUGAUACAACCAAAGCUAAUGAAGAGAUGACCUUAUUUUCAUCAUUGAAUCUAAAGUCUAAGGAUAAAGACAUCCGUAAUACAAAGUUUUAUAUCUCUGGUCUGAUAAAUUCUGAUGAUGAAACAGAAUCUAAAGGUGAAUUCAAAUUUGAAUCAGAAUCUACAGAUAAUUUGACUGGUAAUACCAAAGUUCAAAUAAAAAAGGACAAUAUCGUGGAACAACAAAACCUAAAAGAGUUUAAAGUAAGAGACAACAAUGUACCUAAGUCUAUAGAAAAAAGCAACAUUAAGGAAGAGAGCCUGACAAAACAUGUAAUUGAACCUAAUAUGGAAAGAGUGCAGGACUCCUUGUGUCAAGAGAAAGUUACAACAAGUAUUGGCAAAGAUUGUCAGUUAACAACUAAAGAUGUUGAACAGUCAUUAGAAUUAAAUAAAGAAUAUAUCAAGGAAGAAGCAGAUGUCAAAGAAAAAGGAGAUAUCCAUGAAAAUGUAGAUGUUAUAGAAGCACUUAAUGUUAAAGAAUAUGUCAAAGAAAAACCAGAUGUCAAGGAAGAAUUAGUUGUUAUUGAAAAAACAGAUAUCAACAAAGAAGAGGAUCUCAAAGAACAAUAUAUGCUACGAGAUUCAAAUACCAAAGAAGAACCAGAUGUCAUAGAACAACCAAAUGCCAAAGAAGAACCGGAACUCAUAGAAGUAGGAGAUAUAGAAGAAGAACCAGAUAUGAUACAAGGUUCUAUUGUCAAAGGAGAACCAGAUGUUCCAGAAGACAGAAAUGGCAAAGAAGAGACAGAACUGGUAGGAGGGGAUAUUAAAGAGGAACUAUGUGGAAUAGAAGAAGCAGAUGCCAAACAAGUACCAAAUGUCAUGGAAGAAACUGAUGUCAACAAAGAAGCAGAUGGCAUAGAACAAGCAGAUAUGAAAGAAGAAAAGUACUAUUGUGUGGAAGAAUGUAUGAAUGUAAAAGAAGAUGUCAAAGAAGAAAUAAAUGUUCAAGAAGAAAUAGAUGUCCAAGAAAACAUCAAGCUUAAACCACAUGGCAAAGGAGAAAAAUAUGACAAAGAAGAUUUAGAUUUCAAAGAAAAGGUAGAUGCCAAAGAACCAGAUGUCAUACGAGAAUCAGAUGUUAAGCAAGAUGCAGAAAGUUCAUCAGAAGUAAAAACACAAAACGUAGAAAUAGUAAAGGACACUUUAAUAUGUUCAUCAGAAAUAGUAAAAGAAGAUACAGAAUAUUCAUCAGAAAUAGUAAAGCAAGAUACAGAAUAUGUAACAGAAAAAGUAAGGGAAGAAACAGAAUAUCCAUCAGAAAUAGUAAAGGAAGUUACAGGAUAUUCAUCAGAACUAAUAAAGGAAGAUGAAUGUCUAUCGGAUAUGGGAAAGAAAGAAUGUGAUUCCUCAUCAGAACUGAUAAAGAAAGCUACAGAAUAUCCAUCGGAAAUAGAUAAAAAUUCAGAAUGUCCAUCCGAAGUAGUAAAGACAGAUGCUGAGUGUCCAUCAAAAGUAAUAGAAGGAAGGAGAGAAUGUUCAUUUGAAGUAAAAAUGAAAAAUACUUAUUGUCCAAUAGAUAUGAAAAAGGAGGUUACUGAAAGCCCAACAAAAACAGUAAAAGAAGAUAUAGAAUGUACAUCGGAACUAGUUAUGGAAAAUACUGAAUAUCCAUCAAAAAGAAUAAUAGAAAAUACAGAAUAUCAUUCGGAAAAAGUAAAAGUAGAUACUGAAUGUUCACCAAAAAUAGUAAAAGGAGAUAAUGAAUGUCCAAAAUGGGAAGUUGGAGUAAAGGAAGAUACUGAAUGCCCACCAAAAGGAUUAAAAGAAGGUACUGAAUGUUCACCAAAUAUAGAAAAGAAAGAUACUGAAUGUUCACGUUCACCAAAUAUAGUAAAGGAAGAUACAGAAUGUUCACCAAAUAUAGAAAAGGAAGAUAAUGAAUGCUCACCAAGUGUAGUAAAGGAAGAUACUGUGUGUUCACCAAAUGAAGUAAAGAAAGAUACCAAAUGUUCAAAUAUAGUAAAGGAAGAUACUGAAUUCCCACCAAAAGGAGUAAAGGAAGAUACUGAAUGUUCACCAAAUAUAAUAAAAGAAGAUACUGAAUGCCCUUCAGAAGGAUUAAAUGAAGAUAAAGAACGCCGAUCAGAAGGAGUAAAGGAAGAUACUGAAUGCCCAUCAGAGGUAGUAAAGGAAGAUACUGAAUGCCCAACAGAGGUAGUUAAGGAAGAUACUGAAUGCUCAUCAGAGGUAGUAAAGGAAGAUACUGAAUGCCCACCAGAAGGAGUAAAGGAGGAUACUGAAUGUUCACCAAAACGAGUAAAGAAAGAUAGUGAAUGCCCAUCAGAAGGAGUAAAGGAAGAUACUGAAUGCCCAUCAGAAGGAGUAAAGGAAGAUACUGAAUGCCCACCAGAAGGAGUAAAGGAAGAUACUGAAAGCCCACCAGAGGUAGAAAAGGAAGAUACUGAAUGCCCAUCAGAGGUAGUAAAGGAAGAUAUCGAAUGCCAACCAAAAGGAGUAAAGGAGGAGUCUGAAUGCCCACCAGAAGGAGUAUAUCAGAGCCCAUUAGAGGUAGUAGAGGAAGAUACUGAAUGCCGGUCAGAAGGAGUAAAUGAAGAUACGGAAUGCCCACCAGAAGGAGUAAAGGAAGAUACUGAAUGCCCACCAGAAGGAGUAAAGGAAGAUACUGAAAGCCCAUCAGAGGUAGAAAAGGAAGAUACGGAAUGCCCACCAGAAGGAGUAAAUGAAGAUACUGAAAGCCCAUCAGAGGAAGAAAAGGAAGACACUGAAUGCCCAUCAGAGGUAGUGAAGAAAGAUACUGAAUGCCCACCAGAAGGAGUAAAGGAAGAUACUGACUGCCCUUCAGAAGUAGUAAAUGAAGAUAAGGAACGUCCAUCAGAAGGAGUAAAGGAAGAUACUAAAUGCCCAUCAGAGGUAGUAAAGGAAGAUACUGAAUGCCCAUCAGAGGUAGUAAAGGAAGAUACUGAAUGCCCAUCAGAGGUAGUAAAGGAAGAUACUGAAUGCCCAUCAGAGGUAGUAAAGGAAGAUACUGAAUUCCCACCAGAAGGAGUAAAGGAAGAUACUGAAAGCCCAUCAGAAGGAGUAAAGGAAGAUACUGAAAGCCCAUCAGAGGUAGAAAAGGAAGAUACUGAAUGCCCACCAGAGGUAGUAAAUGAAGAUACUGAAUUCCCAUCAGAGGUAGUAAAGGAAGAGACUGUAUGUCCAUUAGAAGGACUAAAGGAGGAUACUGAAUGUUCACCAAAACGAGUAAAGAAAGAUAGUGAAUGCCCACCAAAUAGAGGAAAGGAAGAUACUGAAUGCCCAUCAGAAGGAGUAAAGGAAGAUACUGAAUGCCCACCAGAAGGAGUAAAGAUAGAUACCGUAGUAAAGGAAAAGACUGAAUGCCCACCAAAAGGAGUAAAGGAAGAUAAUGAAUGCUCACCAAGUGUAGUAAAGAAGGAUACAGAAUGUUCACCAAAUAUAGGAACGGAAGACACUGAAUACCUAUUAUCAAAAGGAGUAAAGGAAGAGACUGAAUGCCCACCAGAGGUAGUAAAGGAAGAUACUGAAAGCCCAACAGAAGGAGUAAAGGAAGAAACCGAAUGUCCACCAAAUAUAAUAAAAGAAGAUACUGAAUGCCCUUCAGAAGGAGUAAAGGAGGAUACUGAAUGUUCACCAAAAGAAGAGACGGAAGAGACUGGAUGCCCAUCAGUAGAAGUAAAGGAAGUUACUGAAUGCCCACCAAAAGGAGUAAAUGAAUAUACGGAAUGUUCACCAAAUAUAGAAAAUGAAGAUACCAAAUGUUCGCCAAUGGUAGUAAAGGAGGAUACUGAAUGCCCACUUAAAGGGGUAGAGGAGAAUACUGAAUGUCCACCAAAUAUCGUAAAGGAAGAGACAGAUUGUUCAUCAAACAUAGUAAAGGAAAAUACCAUGUGUUCACCAAAUGUAAUAAAUAAAGAUAUUGAAUCAACACCAAAAGGAGUAAAUGAAGAUAGUGAAUGUUCAACAAAUGUAGUAAAGGAAGAUGAAUGCCCAACAAAAGGAGUAAACAAAGAUACUGAAUGUUCACCAAAUAUAGGAAAGGAAGAUACUGAAUGCCCAACAUAAGGUGUAAGGAAGAAGGAGAGUUUUCAUUGAAUCUACCCAAUGUAGUAAAGGAAGAUACAGAAUUUCAGUGCAUGUCAAAGUGCUAUAAAAGAUUGAUAACUUCUUCAAAUAUUGUGUUCAUUUAUACAGACAGUAUAUGAAUUGGAUUGUAACUUUGUUUCAUUUGAAUGUUUUUCUACAUGGCAUAUGGUAGCAUGAAUAUUAACAUAUUAAAGCGUGUUAAUCUCACUUUUAGAAGGUAGAUUUACAAUGUGGUAUUUUCAAUACAGUAAAUGAAAACGUUUUGUAUGUUGGCCAGGGUGGAUCAAAGCUUGGCAUUUUGGAAGAGACGAAAUCAUUGUACAUGCAUAUUUAAAUAUUAAUAGGACCUAGUCUUUUAAAUGGUGCCCAUAUGCUUUUAAUGAGUAGUUUCAUAACAAUACUCAGUCCCCGCAUUGUGUUCAGAUAACGUUUUACAAAUGUACGUAUGUAGCUAGUAUUAUAGUCAUUUAGUAGUAUGUAGUAGUAUUCGACCUUAAUGUGUCAAAAAUGUAAAAGUUCAUUGAUACCUCUAAGCUUGUAAAACAUGAAAUUAUUAAUUGGGAGCUUCAGGAAAUGCUGAAGAUACAGUAUACUGUGAUUUCCACAUUCUAGUUUUGAAUUUCUGUCAUUAGUGUCAUUAAACAUGUUAAACAUGACAAAAUUAAGGGCUACAUCUUUCAAGUUCCUUAUGUAAAACUAUAAGCUGCUAAAACUGAAUAAAGAAGCUCUCAACUAAUGUUUAACGCUUAAAGGAGUUUUAUCAGUAUUGUACGAAUAUACAUGUUUAUAUACUAUUAUAUAUUUUUGUAAUCAUAUAAUGGAACCUAGUAUGAGUGUAGUUAAUAGUAACCAUGUGAUUUAGCUGUUUUUAAAAUUGUACAUUUUGAAAAUUGGCAAAACUUUAAAGUUAGUAUUCCGUGAAACUCCUAAAUAUUUUAUCAAAAUUAACAUGAGUAUGAAUAUUCAGACACGUAUAGAAAUACGAAGUCAUUAUU